AUGGGCAAGUUCGAAUCCAAGCCUACCGCAUACCAGCGGCCUGAGGUUGGAAUUUUCCCUUUCCUCCCAGCAUCAUGGGUUCCAUACGCCGAACUCAUGCGUCUUGACCGACAAGGCGGCUUCAUCACUUUUUACCUCCCCUGCCUCUUCGGUGUCGCCUACGCUACCUCCAUUGCAUCUGUCCAACCCUCUACCACACUUCUCGUGGACCGUGCCAUCAGAAUCUACCUCUGUUGUGUGCUCGCGCGCGGUGCAUCCUGCACAUGGAAUGACUGCGUAGACCGAGACUUUGACCAGCAGGUUGAGCGAUGUCGUGUGCGGCCCAUCGCCCGUGGCGCGGUCACACCCUUCCAGGCAAAUAUCUGGGCAAUUGCACAAACCAUACUGAUGGUGGCAUUGGUCUACGCAAUGCCGGCUGCAGUGUUCAAGUACCUGGGAGUCAUCAUCAUUAUGUCAAUGGCUUACCCUUUCGCGAAACGCUUCACCUACUAUCCGCAAGCCGUGCUGGGAACAACAUUUGGUGUAGGAUCUCUUUUGUGCGCCCGGUCUGUGCAUGUUCUCCCCAUGGAGGAGGACUUCCUCGCCCCGUCUAUUUGUGUUGUUCUAGUUAAUACGAUGUGGAGUAUGAUCUUUGACACUAUCUACGCGCACCAGGAUGUCGCGGAUGAUGUCCACGUUGGCGUUAAGGGUAUGGCUGUCAAAUACCAGAACUGCACUAAGCUUGUUACCUCCAUUCUGUCUGUUGUGAUGAUUGGCCUGCUCGCUACUCUUGGUGUGUUGACUGAGGUUGGAUCGCUUUACUAUGUCUUUGCUGUUGGUUGCGCAUCUGUUGGUCUGGCUCUUACUAUCUCGUCCGUCAAUCUCAAGGAUGACAAAAAUUGUGCGUGGUGGUUUAGCCAUGGGUACACGAUGGUUGGUAUGAGUAUCCUUGCGGGAUUCUUGGCGGACUCGCUGGCAAAGACUGUGCCUGCUUCUGAGUUCAUGAACAUGGCCAACAACUCGAGCUGGAUUCACACUGAGCUGUGA